AUGCCGAAGGCACCCAUGGGGCCCUGGUUUAGUCCACGUGUCCGAUAUUCAUUGGCCGUUCAUUUUGGUAUAAACAGGAGUCCCCCAAGUCCUCUUGCGAGAGUUCUCGGAAGGGGAUUUGAAGUUGUCUUCGGAAGGAAGGUGAUCCUACCGUUCGGUAGUCCUGUUGAGGAAAGGGGCUCAACUUUGGCCCUUCCGGCAUUAUUUGUUCAGAGGCUGACGUUGUCGAAGUCAGAAGGUCGCGUCGAGCGGACGGGUGAAGGGACAUCUGAGCGCUUCGACCUUCGCGCCCCGCGUGCCGUCAGUCCCCCAUAG